AUGCAGAGCGUGUACGUCGAGUCGAGUGCGACGCGGUCAGAGCGACGGAUCGACCCACUGUCGACCGUCCUCCAGCUCAAGUCAAAGCUAGAACCCAUCACUGGCAUCCCGACUCAUGCACAGCUGCUCUCGCUACGCCGCACACCGGCGGACGCGGGUCAUGGAUCGGGAGGAGGAGCAGGUGCGGGAGGAGAGGUCGUCGCGGUGCUCGACAACGACGACAGGACGCUCGCCAGCUACGGCAUCGCAGAGUACAUGACCAUACGCGUCGACUCGUCAGAUCCGCAGGCUGCUUCGUUCGCCAACCAGUUCGUCGACGACUCGCAGGUCGAAAAGUUUGAGCUGACGGAGGAGGAGUACGCCGCGCGAAGAGACACCAUUCUCGCCUACAAGAAGCGCAACCGGCUAGGCCGCUUCGCCCCCUCCUCCUCGCCCUCCCCUUCCUCCGCCCCUUCUCUUCCCUCCGACCUCGUCCCCGGCGCACGGUGCGAAGUCGCCCUCUCGCCCGAACUGCGACGACGAGGAACGGUGAGGUUUGUUGGACCCACGGAGUUUGGGACAAAGGAUGGGAGUGUGUGGGUUGGGGUCGAGUGGGAUGAACCGGUUGGGAAGAACGAUGGAGCCGUCGAGGGCAAACGCUACUUCCAGACCGGCCCGCUUCGAGCCAGCUUCGUCCGCCCCGAUAAAGUCACAGUCGGCGACUUUCCGGAGCUCGACCCGUUCGCCGACGACGACGAGGAGGCCGAGGAGAUGGAGAUGUAG